AUGAAAAAUCACAAAAACAACCAAAUUGUGAAAAAAUAAUACCAGAAGCGAAUGCAAAUUUCUUUUCUAAACUAAUAUUUCAUUGGCCAUCAGCGCUUUUACGACUUGGAUAUGAGAGACCAUUACAAAAAGAAGAUUUGUAUAUUUUAGAUGAUAAAAGAUUGUCAAAAAAGUUGGUAGAAGAGUUUGCACUUGAAUGGAAAAAAGAAGUUGAAAAAGCUAAGAAAGGAAAGAAACCAUCAUUGAUAAAAGCUCUAAAUAGGAUGCUUGGGUUUAAUUUUUGGUGUGCAGGGAUCUUUAGAUUCUUUGGUGAUACCUUACAGGUCUUGUCACCUUUAGUAAUUCAGGAAAUUUUGAUAUUCUCGGUGAGCUCAUUCUAUGCUAACGUUAAUAAUACAGAUGCGCCGCCAAUAUCUAAUGGAUUCAUCCUUGCAACAAUACUGUUUCUUAUGCAAAUGGGAUCAACUUUUUUCAGCAUUUGGUGCCUCUGGAGAACUGACCAAACCGGUUUCAUGACACGUACAAUUCUAAUUACUACUAUCUAUCGAAAAGCGAUGGUCCUCAGUUGUAAAGCUCGUAAUUCAUUUACUAUUGGUAGAAUUACAAAUUUAAUAUCAACAGAUACAACUAGACUUGAUUUUUUUUGUUCUUAUUUUCAUUUAUUAUGGAGUGCUCCACUUCAACUUUCAAUAGCACUCGCGUUGUUGAUACUUAACAUUGGUCCAUCAGCAUUAGCAGGUUUUAGUUUUUUAGUCAUUACUGGACCGUUACAAGGAAGAGUGAUGUCGGCAUUGGCAUCCACACGCAGUAAAGCAGCAAAGGUUACCGAUGAACGUAUUAAAUUAACACAAGAAAUUUUACAAGGAAUUCGAGUUAUAAAAUAUUAUGCUUGGGAAGAUAGUUUCUUGAAGACCUUAAAUAAACUCCGUAAUAAAGAACUUGGAUAUACUAAAGUUAUAUUAAUUAUUCGCGCGAUUGUCACAGGAGUUGCAUCGGUAAUGCCAGUUUUUGCUAGUAUUCUCUCUUUUGUAGUAUUUGUACUUGCUGGUGGUACACUUACAUCCGAAUUAGUAUUUUCAUCCUUGGCACUCUUUAAUAUUAUUCGUUUACCUCUAAAACUUUUACCUAUGGUUAUUGCCGUAGCAACCGAUGCUUGGGUUUCACUUGGUCGUAUUCAAGAGAUAUUAUUGGCCGAUGAAUUAGAAUAUUCCCCAAAAAUUGAUUUUAAUGAUAAAUUUGCUAUUAAAGUAACAGAUGGUGAAUUCGUAUGGGAAGGUUCUCCUGUUUCUGAUAAGAGUACUCAAAGAAUUCCCAAUGAUCAAUUCACGGAAAGUUUAUCUACUUAUUCUUUGAUUUCUAAUGAUGAUAUUAAUGAUGACAGUAUAGAACAUUCACCUAUAUUGACACCUCAAUUACAUCUUAGUGAUAUUAAUUUUACAAUUUCUCGUGGAGACCUUGUUGCUAUUGUGGGUUCUGUGGGCUCAGGAAAAUCUUCACUAUUAUCAGCAUUGGUUGGUGAAAUGAAAAAUGUUGGUGGAGAAAUAAUAUUUGGUGGCACUGUUGGAUAUUGUCCACAAACUGCUUGGAUACAAAAUGCUACACUCAGAGAAAAUAUAACUUUUGGACUACCAUUUGAUGAAGAAAAAUAUCAACGAGUAAUAAAGGAUUGUUGCCUUGAACCUGAUUUAGCGAUCCUACCAGCAGGUGAUAUGACAGAAAUUGGAGAAAAAGGAAUUAAUCUUUCUGGAGGACAAAAGCAACGCAUAAAUAUUGCAAGAGCUGUAUAUUUUGAUGCUGAUAUUGUUUUGUUGGACGACCCAUUAUCGGCUGUCGACGCGCACGUUGGCAAAUAUCUAUUCACAAAUUGUAUACAGGGAUCACUUGCAAAAAAAACAAGAAUCUUAGUCACACAUCAAUUACAACUAUUAUCCCAAGUAGAUUAUAUCAUUUGUAUGGAAGAUGGGGAAAUUGUAGAGCAAGGAACAUAUGAAGGGUUGAUGAAUGCUAAUAAAAGCUUUGCAAAAUUAAUAUUGGAGUAUGGUGAAUCCAAAGAUGAGAUGACUACGAUUAAUAUUGAAACAGAUGAGCCAACGGAAAAAAAAUUGUUUGCGUCACCUAUUCCAUCUGCAUCGUCACAAGGAUUAAUGUCGUUAGAAGAAAGAACAACGGGUGCCGUUGCUGACAAGAUUUAUAUAGCUUAUAUAAGAGCCGCGGGUGGUUUAGUAUUGAUACCAUUAAUUUUAUUUUUAUUGGUAAUAAUGCAAGGAAGCAAUAUCGGAAGUAAUUUAUGGCUUUCAUUUUGGACAAGCAAUAAUUUUGCCUUAACGACCGAACAAUACAUGUCGGUUUACUGCGCAUGGGGUGUUGCAGAAAGUAUUUUCAGUGUUUUAGUCUGUUUAACACUAUCUUUUGCUGGAAUUGCCGCUGCUAGAAACUUGCAUAAUCAGGCAAUUCAACAAAUUCUAAGAACACCAAUAAAUUUCUUUGAAACGACACCUUUAGGUCGAAUAAUAAAUCGGUUCAGCAAAGAUAUUGAUUCCUGUGAUAAUUUGAUCACUGAGUCAUAUCGAAUGUUUUUCAGCACUUUAGCGACCGUCUUCGGGACUUUUGCACUAAUAAUCGUGGUUUUUAUAUGGUUUCUUUUGCCUUUUAUACCACUUACUAUAUUAUAUUAUUGCGCCGCUAUUUAUUUUAGAGCAACAAAUCGUGAAUUGAAACGCCUCGACUCAAUAUUAAGAUCUUCACUUUACGCUCAUUUUUCCGAAUCUUUAACCGGUUUACCAACAAUUAGAGCAUAUAGAGAACAAGCACGAUUCAUAAGUACCAAUGAGCGUUACAUGGAUUUAGAAAAUCGAGCAUACUUUAUGCAAUUUUCUGUCAAUAGAUGGCUUGGAAUUCGUCUUGAAACCAUUGCAACCUCAUUGAUUUAUUGCGCAAGUCUAUUAGCAGUUAUACAAAGAUUUCAAGUGGAACCUGCAAUUAUUGGAUUAAUUCUUAGUUAUGCAACACAAGUUACAGCGGACUUUAAUUGGUGUGUUAGACAAUUUGCUGAAGUGGAAGCAAAUAUGAAUGCAGUAGAGCGUUUAGCGCAUUAUACGGAUAAUCUCGAAAGUGAACCUGCAUCAAUAAUUCCUGAUAAUAGACCAUCAUCUGAAUGGCCUGUUAAAGGAGAGAUAUUUAUAAAUAAUUUGGUUAUGCAAUAUGGGCCUGAUAAUCCACCAGUGAUAAAAGGCGUUACAAUCCAUAUAAAAGAUUGUGAAAAAAUAGGUAUAGUUGGAAGAACUGGAUGUGGAAAGUCUACAUUGGCAACUUCAUUCUUUAGACUUAUUGAACCAAAAUCAGGGCAAAUUAUUGUUGAUGGAAUAGAUAUAACUAAAAUAGGACUAAAAGAUCUUAGAAGUAGAAUAACUAUAAUACCACAAGAACCAGUAUUAUUUAAUGGCACGAUAAGAAGUAACUUAGACCCCUUCGGCGAAUAUAAAGACAUAACGCUAUGGAAUGCCCUUCGUCGAGCUCACCUAAUAAAUGGUGAUACCGAAGAUGAAUACAAUGACUACUCUAUUAACAACGAGAAAUCAAGAUUUUCACACCAGUUAUCAAUCGCCGAAAUACCAAUAUCAAAAAAACAAGAUUUACAUUUAGAAAGUCCAGUUAGAGAGCAAGGAAGUAAUUUUUCACAAGGACAGCAACAAUUAAUAGCUUUGGCUAGAGCGUUGGUUCGACAUUCGAAAUUAAUAAUAAUGGAUGAAGCCACGGCAAGUGUAGACUAUAAAACUGAUUGUUUAAUUCAAAAUACUAUCAGAGAAGAAUUUAUGAAUAGUACUGUCAUUACUAUUGCGCAUAGGUUGAGAACAGUGAUUGACUAUGAUAAAGUUUUAGUUAUGGGCAAGGUUGCAGAAUUUGAUUCACCAUACAUAUUACUGCAAAACCCAGGAUCAACAUUUAGAGCGAUGUGUGAAUCGAGUGGUGAGUUUAAUGAAUUAAUGGAACUUGCUAAGCAAAAAUAUGAAAGUGAAGUGAUAAUUUAG